UAAAUAACGUCACACAUAGGCCAUAGAGACUGCAGACUCAGAGUGGGUCCCAAGAAGGUGUAGUCUCUGUCUGAUGUGUUCCAUUGCGUGAGGCUUAGAAGUUUUGUAGCUAAAUGUCAUUGCAAUUGUUGUGCCAUUUCCCUUCGCAAGAAAUAGUUCGAGUGUUGUGCAUUUAAUUAGUUCAAUUUUUAGGUGUAGUUAAAUUGCAAUGAUUGAUGGUAGUGAAGUGGGCUCAAGUUAACCGAGGAAGUGCGCAAGAAGUGGACAAUGCACCGAUCAAGCAGUGGCCAUUCAAUGACCCUCAACGGAGGGAGCGGCGGUGGUGGUGGAGGUGUCAAUGGUAACUCCAGUCUGAACCAUUCCACAAGUGGAGCUUUAGAUUCGCUACCGAAACAAUUUGUUAGUUCAAUGAAGACCCUUUUCGAUAUCAUGGAUGACCAACGGACGGGUUUCGUGAAGCUUUCGGAUAUUGAGAAAGGGUGGCAGGAUGAUGGAAGCAAGGGCCUUCCGUAUGGAGUGAUCGAUAGCCUUCGCAAGGUCACGCCUUCUAGUGGUUUGUUAUCGUUCGAACGAUUUUGCACUGGUCUGAAGAUCUGCCUGCUUCGAAAUCAAGCCGAACAGAAGACUCGUCGUAUUUCUGCCGACACGAAUGUGAAUCAAAUAUCUGAUUGCCCUACAAAGCCCCCAAGACCGCCAUCAGCCCCACUUUUGGACAUAGACAGUCCGAUUUCCAAUAGCCAAUGGUCAUCCAACAAUACGGCCACGAUUCGUCCAAACAAUGCCAUCCAAAGCCAACGCACUCUCAGUUUGCCACAAUUAAGCCCAGAUAGUGACAUGGAUUUGAUAUCAGAUCACUUAAUGCCAGCCGAUCUCUACGGGCCUCCACCGAAACCACCGCGAAGUGCCAUAUUAGCACCACCCAAGACCGGGUUCGACAAAGCAGAAAUCCGGAACGCUCUACAAAACUGGCAAAUGGGUGUUUUGAUGAACGAAAUGGAUAUGAAGGACAAGAGGAAAAGCAUGCCAUUGAACCCUCCUCUGCCAAGUCGCUUAUCAUCACGGGGUACCGCCGACGGUGGAACUACAACCGAUCCAGCUACUUUCUCGCCAGGACAACAACAAACCCAAUCUAGUAACCCUCUUUACCAGAAGAAAAUGAAUAGUAAAAGACGAGAGCCUAGACGACAUACUUUACAGAAUGGAAUCGAUAAUAAUUUACUGAAACGGCUCAAACAGUUUGAAGCCGAAAAGGAUGUCUUGUUGCAAGGGUUAUCGGCUGUUGAACAAGCUCGGGAGUGGUAUUUGAAGCAGAUAGCAAUUGUUCAGGAUAAGAUUAAGUUCUUAGGACAUUCAGGAUCUCAUGUUGAACAAUGGUCUGAAGCGCAUCAGGAGCGUUUAGAUUUCCAACGAGCCCGUGUCAUGGAGAUCAACCGACACCUGUCAGCCCUUCAAUUCAGUUGGGAGCGCGGAGGAUUUCCAUCCCAUAUGAACUUAGCAGUACAUCAUCGUCCGACACAACAUAGUUUGAAGCAAACCAAUGAUGCACUUAACCAACUGAAGACAUGAACUCAGAGAAUAGUAACAUCCGAAGGGAGGCAGUAAGGAACGAUAUGUUUUGUUUUUAGUGCGCAUCAAAGGAUCUAAUCUAGCUUAAUUUUACUUUGUCGUCAUUGAGAAUCAUAGCAGCAUUUUGUGUUUUUAUUUUGUUUUAGUGCAAGAAAUGAGUUUGUUGAGUGUAUAACACACCGUAGUUAUAGACAAAUUUGUACAUUUUUAAAUGUUAUUUAUAUAUCAUUCUGCUGGUUGCCAUUAAAUUUAUGAUGAUUUAAAA